AUGCUUGGAAGGCAGGUUACUAUCCGGUCGGCGCGAUCUUUACGUGGAGUGCUUCCAAGAAACGGUAUUAUCCUUGGCUCGGAUUCUGGAGAAUACGAUCACCCUAAGAUGUCUUUGUUUGAAUGUGUCAAGACUAUCUUAUUCGCUACUAGGAUCAAUGUGUUGUUGAUAUUCAUAUUUCUGGGGAUCAUGGCAGUCAAGUUGAACUGGGCACCAGAAACAGUUUUUCUCCUAAACUUCAUUGCUAUCAUCCCUUUGGCUAAACUACUUGGAUACGCAACGGAGGAAAUUUCAAUGAGACUGGGAGAGAAUCUCGGAGCACUACUAAAUGCCUCUUUUGGAAAUGCCAUUGAGCUGAUUUUGUCAGUUAUUGCUUUAAAGGAAGGCAAGAUUGAUGUUGUGCUUGGGUUCUGCUUUGUUUUUGGAGGUUAUUAUUAUCAAUCGCAAAAAUUCAAUCAAACCGCUGCCCAGAUGUCGGCCUCACUACUUUCGCUCGCUUGUAUGUCUUUGUUAGUCCCGGCUGCAUUCGUGGCCGCUACCGACGAAGCUGAUCAGACACAUAGUAUCCAAAUCUUAUCAGAAGGAACCUCAAUCGUGCUCCUGGCUGUCUAUGUCUUAUACCUGGUUUUCCAACUCAAGACUCAUACUCACCUCUAUGUAAAUGAAAAUGAGGAAGAAGAGGAAGCUGUACUUCCACUCUGGGCAGGAAUCGCCUUACUCUUAGUGGUUACUUUUGUAGUUGCGCUUUGUGCAGAGUACUUGGUAGGAUCCAUCGAAGGACUUUCUGAGUCAUGGGGUACAAGUCCUACAUUUAUCGGUCUGAUUCUGCUACCUAUUGUUGGCAACGCAGCAGAGCAUGUCACGGCCGUCACAGUGGCCGUGAAGAAUAAGAUGGACUUGGCUAUUGGUGUUGCUAUUGGAUCAUCAAUGCAGAUUGCAUUGUUUGUCACACCACUCAUUGUCAUCAUUGGCUGGAUCAUCGGUCAACCCAUGACCCUUUUUUUCAACACGUUUGAGACUUGCGUUCUGUUUGUCUCAGUCUUGAUCGUCAACUAUCUCAUACAGGACGGCGAGUCAAACUGGUUAGAAGGCGUCAUGUUGCUUAGCACAUAUAUAGUUAUUGCAAUUGCCUUCUAUGUUUAUCCUGCAACGCCACAUCAUUAG